AUUGGAUAUAAGUUUGGAAGCAUUUAUUUGGCCAAGAAUGGCUUAGCAUCUCUGCAAAACCAACACAAAGCUAUAUUCUCUUAAAAAUCAGUUCAACAAAAGAAGAACCUGAACACAGUUGGCCCACCACCACCACUACCACAAUCUCCUCCUCCACCACCACCACCUAGUCACCGGAAACCAAUUCAUGCCCUAGAUUAAGAACCAGAAUCCUUUUGAGACAAGAUCUAUAUAUACACUCUACACAUUUACUUAUACACUUUAUCUAGAUAUAGAUGUGUGUGUGUAUAAAGGUUCUUUUUCAUUACUUGUUGGUUUAGUGAUAAAAAGGAGGAGAGUUUUCAGUUGGGUUUUGGUUUCUUGGUGAGAGAAGAGAGAAAAAGAGAGGAUGGGAAGAGGGAAAGUUGAGCUGAAGAGGAUAGAGAACAAGAUCAAUAGACAAGUUACUUUUGCAAAGAGAAGAAAUGGUUUGCUCAAGAAGGCUUAUGAGCUUUCUGUCCUUUGUGAUGCUGAGAUUGCUCUUCUCAUUUUCUCUAACCGUGGCAAGCUCUACGAAUUCUGCAGCAGCCCUAGUGGUAUGGCGAGGACGGUUGAUAAGUAUAGAAAACAUAGUUAUGCAACAAUGGAUCCAAAUCAAUCAGCUAAAGACUUGCAGGAUAAGUAUCAAGACUACUUGAAGCUUAAAUCAAGAGUUGAGAUCCUUCAACAUUCACAAAGGCAUUUGCUAGGUGAAGAGCUAUCCGAGAUGGAUGUGAAUGAGCUUGAGCAUCUCGAACGCCAAGUAGAUGCAUCACUAAGACAAAUAAGAUCUACCAAGGCUCGGUCUAUGCUUGAUCAACUAUCUGACCUCAAAACUAAGGAGGAAAUGUUAUUGGAAACCAAUAGAGAUCUUAGGAGAAAGGUAGCUAUCGGAAUCUUUUACCGCAAGAAACUGAAACCAUUUGUCAUUUGAAAUCUUCCUAUUCUUUCUUUCUCAGUUGGAGGACAGUGAUGCAGCACUUACUCAAUCGUUUUGGGGAAGUUCUGCUGCAGAACAACAACAACAACAUCAACAACAGCAACAAGGCAUGAGCUCUUAUCAAUCAAACCCUCCAAUUCAGGAAGCAGGUUUCUUCAAGCCUCUACAAGGCAAUGUAGCAUUGCAAAUGAGCAGUCAUUACAAUCACAAUCCUGCAAAUGCAACCAACUCUGCAACAACAUCACAGAAUGUUAAUGGAUUCUUCCCUGGAUGGAUGGUCUGAAAACAAUACAUAUCUAUAUAUGUACACAUAUGUGUGUUUUAUAGAUCAAAGAUCAUUGCUUGUGUCAUUUGAUUUUUGCCAGAGAAACAUAGUUCAUUAUUACAAAACUUUGUUAUAUAAUCAAGGCUCUAAUGUCAAACACCAGAUUAUUACUUUUUUGUUCUUUGUUUUUUGGCUCUCUUGAAAUAUAAAAUAUUGUUUUGGGAGCUU